UCCUGCAGCAUGAGUGUAUUGCAGGUCAAGCUGGGAACUAAAGGGUAAUGGCUGCCUUCAGCUGCUUAAAGACGUGAUUGCCCAGUGAUUGGGGUAUUGUGAGGAGGCGCCCAGGACCCAGGGACCAGAGCGUUCUGAGCGCGCCGGCCUCUGCUGUUCGGCUAUUUGAGCUUUUCUCCUGCUUGAUGCUGCCUGUCUCCAGAAGCCUCUCACCAUGAUCGAUAGCUCCAAGAAGCAGCAACAGGGCUUCCCAGAGAUUUUAACUGCUGGGGAUUUGGAACCUUUAAAAGAAAAGGAAUGCCUUGAGGGGAGCAACCAGAAAAGUCUCAAGGAAGUGCUCCAGCUGAGGCUGCAACAAAGGAGGACGAGAGAACAACUAGUGGACCAGGGCAUCAUGCCACCUUUGAAGAGCCCAGCGGCAUUCCAUGAGCAGAUAAAAAGCUUGGAACGAGCCAGAACUGAAAACUUUUUGAAACACAAGAUUCGGAGCCGACCAGACCGUUCUGAACUUGUCAGGAUGCACAUUUUAGAAGAAACGUUUGCAGAGCCGUCCCUGCAGGCUACUCAGAUGAAGUUGAAAAGAGCUCGACUAGCUGAUGAUCUGAACGAAAAGAUUGCUCAACGACCCGGUCCUAUGGAGCUGGUAGAGAAAAACAUCCUUCCUGUAGACUCCAGUGUUAAGGAAGCAAUUAUAGGCGUCGGGAAGGAGGACUACCCCCAAACUCAGGGCGAUUUCUCAUUUGACGAAGACAGCAGUGAUGCUCUGUCUCCGGACCAGCCAGCCAGCCAGGAGUCUCAGGGGUCAGCCGCAUCCCCAAGUGAGCCAAAAGUUAGGGAAUCGCCAUCUCCUGUGACUACAAACACUCCAGCCCAGUUUACUUCAACAGUUCCUGAAUUCUUGAAAACUCCUACUACGGAUCAGCCCCCCACAAGGUCCACAGCUCCUGUCCCCCCCACAAACACUGUGUCCUCAGCAAAGCCUGGGCCAGCACUGGUAAAGCAAAGCCAUCCCAAGAAUCCGAAUGACAAACACCGUAGCAAAAAGUGCAAAGAUCCCAAACCCCGGGUGAAGAAGUUGAAGUACCACCAGUACAUUCCACCAGAUCAGAAAGGUGAGAAGAACGAGCCACAGAUGGACUCCAACUACGCCCGCCUGCUCCAGCAGCAGCAGCUGUUCCUGCAGCUACAGAUCCUGAGCCAGCAGCAGCAGCACUACAACUACCAGACCAUCCUGCCCGCGCCACUCAAGCCACUCAAUGACAAAAAUAACAGUGGGAGUUCAGCUUUGAACAAUGCCACACCUAACACAGCAAGACAGAGCGCGUGCACUCCUGGGAGGAAGCCGGGACCUCUGCCUUCUAGCCUGGAUGACCUAAAGGUAUCAGAACUGAAGACAGAACUGAAGUUGAGAGGUCUUCCAGUGUCCGGCACCAAACCAGACCUCAUCGAACGCCUGAAACCCUACCAGGAAAUGAACAGCAGCAGCGUAGCCGCUAGUGGCAUCGUGGCAGUGUCAACAUCUGCCAUCGUCACUAGUAACCCAGAAGUCACCAUGGCAUUGCCAGUUACAACACUACAUAACUCUGUGACCAGCUCAGGCCCCACUUUCAAGGCAGAAUUGCCCUCUGCUGGAACCAGCAACGUAGCCCAUGUUGAAAGCAUUAAUUCCCCUCUGCCAAUCUCGCCGUCUCCCUCUGAACAGUCCAGUCUCAGUACUGAGGACACGAGCAUGACGGACACUUUCACCGAGAUUAUGACCAUGAUGUCUCCUUCACAGUUCUUGUGUUCGUCUCCUCUGAGAGUGACAAAUAAUGAAGACAGCCUAAGUCCCACCAGCAGCACCCUGUCAAAUCUGGAACUGGAUGCAGCCGAGAAGGAUCGCAAGCUUCAGGAGAAAGAGAAGCAGAUCGAAGAGCUAAAGAGGAAACUGGAACAAGAGCAGAAGCUCGUGGAAGUUCUGAAAAUGCAACUUGAGGUUGAAAAACGAGGGCAGCAGCAGCAGCAGCAGCAGCGGCCGCUGGAACCCCAGCCCAGUGCACCUGCUAAUUCUGCCCAUAAGUUAGAUCAGAAACACGGCAGUGUUGCUUCCUCCAUCAAAGACGAGACCGCGCUCACUGACUGCUCCAGCUCCAGGCAGCCCGUCUCAGUGGCCAGCCAUUCUGUAAGCCAGCCUGUCUCCACGGGUGGCCAGACCCUUGUUGCCAAAAAGGCUGUAGUGAUCAAGCAAGAGGUCCCCGUGGUCCAGGCAGAGCAGCAGAGCAUCGUCCCGCAGUUUUAUGUGAGUUCCCAGGGACAGCCACCGCCUGCCGUCGCUCAGCCUCAGGCUUUACUGACCACGCAGACUGCUCAGCUGCUGCUCCCAGUGUCCAUCCAGGGCUCGAAUGUCACCUCAGUGCAGCUCCCAGUAGGCAGCCUCAAACUCCAGACUCCACCACAAGCAGGAAUCCACACUCAGCCUCAGAUAGCAACUGCUGCCUUGUCCUCGGGCUUGGCCCAGACUGCACCCCAGAAACAAGAUGCUUUCACGCCGCAUGUGCUCAGUCAGUCUCAGCAAGUCAGAAAGGUGUUCACAAACUCGGCCUCAAACACAGUCCUUCCGUACCAGAGAGCACCUGCCCCGGCAGCCCCGCAGCCCUUUAUUAAGAAGACUUCCAACGGCGCUCCUCCAUCCAGAAAUGCGCCGCUUCCGUCCCUGCACAACGGGCCCAGCACGCCCAGCAAGCCUGGGUCGCCCCCUCCACCCCAACAGUUUGUCGUCCAGCACUCUCUCUUCGGGAGCCCAGUCCCCAAGACGAAAGACCCUCCCCGCUAUGAGGAGGCCAUCAAGCAGACGCGCAGUGCCCAGUCCUCCCUUCCGGAGAUUUCCAGCGCACACAGUCAGCAGAUGGACGACCUCUUUGAUAUCCUCAUUAAGAGUGGAGAGAUUUCCCUCCCUAUAAAAGAAGAGCCUUCUCCUAUUUCCAAAAUGAGACCAGUGACAGCCAGCAUCACCACAAUGCCAGUCAACACAGUGGUGUCCCGGCCACCCCCCCAAGUCCAAAUGGCACCACCCAUAUCCUUAGAACCUAUGAGCAGUUUAUCUGCCAGCUUAGAGAACCAACUAGAAGCUUUCUUGGAUGGAACUUUACCCUCAGCCAAUGAAAUUGCUCCACUACAAAGCAGCAGUGAAGAUAGAGAGCCCUUCUCUCUGAUUGAGGAUCUCCAGAACGAUCUGCUGAGCCACGCAAGCGUGCUGGACCAUUCUCACUCACCCAUGGAAACUUCCGAGGCCCAGUUUGCUGCAAGUACUCCCUGCCUGUCACUUGACCUUUCUGACUCAAACUUGGACAACAUGGAGUGGUUAGACAUUACCAUGCCUAACUCGUCGUCAGGACUCACUCCUCUCGGCGCCACUGCUCCAAGUAUGUUCUCUGCCGACUUUCUAGACCCACAAGACCUACCACUGCCGUGGGACUAACAUCACGCAUUUCUCGUCUGAGAGUUCAUGAGGUUUAAGAAGAUGAAGAUGAUUCUAAAAGGUCAGUUUUUAGGGACAGAUCCAUAGUUGCAUCAUUGCAAUUAAAAUAUGUUGUCACGGAAAGAAUGGAUGGACAGUCAUAGCCUGGAAACCAAGUUUGAAAACAUUUCACUGCAUCCAGCAGUGAAUGUCUACAAUUCAGUAUAGCACAGGGCCUUCUGAAAAAUCUCUAGUCAGAGAAGACUCAUCUGUUUCUCCAGACUUUGGUAAAGAAUGACAAGUACCUUUAGAUAAAAACAUAAAGAAGAGUAGUGUGUGCAGGAUAGCAAUGUGAGGGUUCUCUGGUAAUCAGCUGCAUUUAAACCAUCAUGGUCACUUUAGACCUAGCAUAAAAGAAUGCCGGUGUGAGGGAGGUGAGAGGUCACUGCAUGUGGUGUUUCCUAGACAUGGUCUGAGCCUGGCCCAAGGUGCAGCAGGGGUCAGAGGCAGUGGAGAGCGCCAGCCGGCUCAGUGACAGCUUCCAGCUGAAGACUUUGGUUCCAUUCAGAAACUAAUGUAAUUUUUUUGUGUUGUAGUUUAUUUUGUGAUUUUUGGAAUCUUACUUUAGAUUUCCAAAUUUAAAUUUAAAUGGAAGGUCUUUCACCAUAACCAGACAAUGUCUACAAAAUUCUGUCAUAAACAAUCCACUGUGAAAAGUCCAGGUAUACUGAUAACACUGAGAAUUCUCCGAGCAGCCCUCUGGGUUGGUUAGAGCGAUUUGUAAUGUGUAUAUUAGACGUGUGUGUGUGUGUGUGCACUCUGACAGUGUGUUUUGUGCAGCCUACACUGGGACAAGGCGUUGGGCAUCCAGUGGUCCUGUUAAUAACUCGAAUAUUUCUUGAGCACUUGAGCCACAUGUAUUUCCGUGUUUAAAGAAUUGCUGACUGACUUUCAGGUAACCAGACCCAUCUCACAGAACCAAGAAAAGGCUUUAGCGUAAAAUAUCUUUCUGAGCUGGUGAGUUGCAAAGAGAAGGCAAAAGAGAAGUCUGUCAUCAACCCAGGAUGUUCCCGUGUGGUUCCAGGUUAGACCGUGUCGCCAGGUUGGCCGCUAAUCCCAGCUCUGGCUGUCCUCUUCUCUGUUGCUUAUCCCUGGUUAUUGCUUUACAGGCUUGUAACUGGAUAUCAUACCUGAGCUCUCACUAUAUUAUCAAGCCGAAGAUUGAAAAACUGGAGGUUUUAUUAGUAAUUUUUUGUAUAGAAGAAAAGUUGUCACAUAUUUGUUGAGUAGUUUAAGAAUUUUCUAAAUGCCAACUAUGACAGGAUUUCCAAAAUUACUUCAAGCUAGUUAUUUAAGUAUAUGACAAAAUGUAAAUAACUGAAAAAAAACCUGAAGUCUACCAAAAAGCAUGGAGGUUUUUAUUCGAUAAUAUCAUGCUCUCCACCUCACCUUGUGUAAACCCUAGGGCCAGGUUAACUUCUCAGGGUCAUUAAAUGGUGACUGUUCCCACAGUGACAUGCAGGAGGCAACCUGACCCAUUAUCUGGGAAGACUUUACGCGUCAUUCUGUGUGUGUGUGUUUUGCCUCAGAGCUGAUCUCAUUUCAGAUUUGUAUUUCGGUUUGUAAAUUUUACAACAUGUCAGAAAAGUCCAUUUUCCCAGCAUUCAGUCACCUCGAACACUGGAGCCCUCUGUGCGCUGGCACUUCCCAACGUGAACGAGCUCCUGGAUGGUUCAGGGCACAGGCGGGCGUGCUCAGUGAGGUCUGUAGUGAGUAGCUGAAGUGUUUAGAAGUUGGUGAUCCCACAGGAACUCUCUCUUACCCAGUACGCUGCCAUCUGACCAGGCCCGAGCAGAGGGUUUGCCUUCUGGGCCGUGAUGCGCAUCCUUGAGUCGGUUCCUUUCAGACCGCCUGUCUCCUGCUGGGCUAUUUACUUGGGAAGGUGCUUUCCAUAGGGAGGGUCCUGGCCAGGGGUCUUUGUCUGGGGCGUGUCUGGUCCAUGCGUAGACUCUGAGCGUCAUCUGCAUUCAGAUUUGAGUGGCUUAUUGCAUCAGCGCUGCCUGUCAGUGGGACUGUAGGAGGCAACUCAGCAGCUAGUGCUGUUGACUCUUGUCGUAUAACUUUCUAUCUCCAUCCUCCUGAGUUGUGUACAUAGAUGGUUUUCUAGCCCUCAACUCCCUUAUUGCUUUUUUAAAAUAGGGUUUGAAACAUGCCACAGGAAGGUUGCUCUCCAAAAAUACACACUGCCAUGCAAAGAAUGCCAUCUCAUUAGCCUGCUCUCUUGUGACUAUGACUUGCUCAAGUGCUCGCUUCACGUAUGUGUUCAAACCUUUUUGUACCAGCAUUUCCUUUAAAAGGAAGGCAUGGAGUUGCUAGUUAUUAACUCUACCAGCCACCCACUCACACCAUUCCGCUGGGCCCUCCUGUCCCGGCUUGAGCAGCAAGCCGGGCAUCUGUGACAUCGAUGCUGCUCUCCAGGGUCCCAGCUACAUGUUCCAGGUUAGAGUGAGAACACAGACUGUGUGCGGCAUGUGACGUGACCAAAGAUGACCCUCUUGUAAUCAAGGCCCCUCUGACCUAACUCGGUGUCCAUAAUGGUAAGUGCAAAGGCAAGGGGGUGUGUUUACUAAGAGGACUGUGUUUAUCGUUUGAGGUAAGUUUCACAGCCCUGAAAGCACAGGUCAGACGAGCCGGGUGGAUUUUCGGUAUGCACGUGUGUAGUUUAGAAGGGGUGCUGUCGUGGUCCAUCACCUUGCAGAAUAUCAUAUUGCCAAGAAAACAACUAACUCCUAGAAACACACUCUCUCACAUCCAGUCUUAUUUCCUCAAAUAUUCCUGAAACACAGUAGUAUCAAGCUGACCUUUCUAGUAUCUACAGGUAUCAGGUCAUGUCAUGGGUGGGUGAAUAGAAAGUUAUCCCAAAGCUUCUACACAGUCUCUGGGAGUCUGGGGGGUGGUCAUCUUGUACAUUUCAGCCAGGCCUGUGCUAGGAAGCCUCUUAGGACAGCGUUCGUGGUUCACGUGCUUGUGUUUUUCCUGAAAUGUGCAAUCUACUGUAUAGCAUUUGCCACAUAUUUGUAUAUAGAUGUAUUCUGAAUUUGUGGAAUUUCUUGCUUAGAUACUAUUUGUGUUUGUUUUAUAUGAAUAUUUUUAUAAUACUGAAGAGAGCUUAUUUAAAUUCCCUUUGUAAAGUCUGCGCCGUUCUGCGAUCCGUGUAGCUGGCGCUUCCGUGAGUGCAGCUUAAGACAGCGGCAGAGGCAGGCUGGCAUUGCUUCCUGGCUGCCGCCUGUUGCAGGCAAAGUCACGGGAAUCAGAUAGGCCACUGAGCCGUGCAGUCAGCGGACACUGAGUGCUGCAGCAGGAGCGUGGUACCCAUUUUGUCACCAAAGCUGACUCAGGCUUCCUCUCCCCUCAACCCCAGAUCAUUCCAGGCCACAUAGGAGUCCCUUCGGAAUUCCCAGGCUGAAUCCAGCCACAACAGCUGACGAAACAGCUGUCCCUGCAAGUGAGGGGACAGUCCCUCUCCUGUCCGCAAACAGACUUGGCCCUAGGGAAGAGCUCAAGCACUUGGCAGGGUCCCUACACAGCCUCACCUGUGUCGUGGGCCCCCCGAGUGGCUAGCCUCACCAGAGCCCCUGCUGUCAGGCAGGUGGGGAGGGUGUGGGCCGCUGAGGGCUUUUUAGAGAACUUUAGAGAGAACAGCUUUUCACUGUCCACCAGCAGAGCAACACAGGUCCAUUUACCAAACUCACAAAUACCCUCCAUCCCUCACCACUAACACGAAUCCUGACUACUGCCAGCGGAGCCGAAUACCCAACUGUCCCUGCCCCGGAGGCCACACAUAGCCCAGGUCAUCAGAACGGGAACUGGAAGGUCAGGGUCACCGAGGAGCCCGCUUACCAGUGAGGAGUGUGUCUUUGGAGAGCAGCCUGACUGCGUUUCAGUCAAAACUGGAAAGUAACAACAUGUAGUAAUUCUUUCUCCUGGUCCAAACCUUCAGUAACUUGUUCAUGCAACAAUCUGUCCGGGCUGCAUUUUCCUCUGUGAAGUGACUGCGUGGUAAUAAGCAGGUCAGUGUUUUCCACGUACACCUUUUCUUGAAGCAUUUGAGGAAAUGCAUCAUUGCAAAGGGUUUCUACCUGACACCUUUGAUUUGAGGCCUGUAAUUCAAAAAGCUGCACAUGUUUACAAAAGAGCUCUUACCCUCCACGUAAACACAUUGCUCUGUGAAUCAUUAUUGGAAAAUGUCACCGUUUUGUGACAACAGGAUGGCAAUCUCAGAUCUACAAGGUGCUGUCUGGAAUCAAAUAAAAUGUCAUUGGUGAUAUCCACACAGGUGUCGUGUUUAACAGAGCUUUGUGCCAACUACUAAGACAAAGCUUUAACCAAGUUCAUAGAAGCACCGAGACUCAUAACAAUUACCUCUCUACGUUAUGCUGUAAGGAAACCUGCUAAUUGGUAGGAGGAGGAAGCAGUUAGAAGAGGGUUUAGUAUCUACCAAAAGUACUUAACCUCAAGUAACCAAUAGUAACACGAACUCGCUUUAAAGGAACCAAAGGCACUGCCAAGUAUUUGCCAAAAGGAGGCACUUUUUAUUUAAAAUUUGAGACUAAAGAGAUCUCAAAAAUCAGUCCCAAAAAGGUAUUAUCCAUUUAAGGUUAUAAUUUUCACAAAGAUGUAGAUAUUUCUCUUGUUUUCAUGUAAAAUAGUAUAGAUUCGUUUUGUUGGCUUAAGAAUAAAACAUAUUUAGUAGUACUACGAAGUUUUCUCCUUUCUGCGUAUAAAUUAGUUUUCUUUUCUUGCUUGCAAUAGAAAUGCAACGCGAUAGGUGUUUCUCUUCUUAUUUUCAUUGUCACAUUAUGUCUUAGCAUCUCACUUUAUGAAAAAAAGGAGAAAGAUACCAAUCUACAGAGCCCUGCCUAGUAAAGCACUAGUUUAAUAAACAAAAAAUUAUGGCAAUCGGGGGUCCAUUCAUGUAUUGCCUUUAUGUUGUUUUUUAAAAGAAAAACCAUGAUGCCUUUGUAUUUGCUGUUUGCACCCCUGAAAUCAAUUCCAUAUCAUGUUUGAAUGCCAUACAUUUUGCACAUGUACUGUACAUAGGUGAUGCAUACUGUAUUUUUAUAUGUGUGCACCUUUAUCAUCAGAUCUUUUGUACAUAGUGGCAGUAUUGUAGCUGAUCGGGAAAUGUUUGAUAUCUCAGCAAUUUUGCAUUUUUGUGUCUCAAAUAAAAAACCGUUUUGAUGUA